AUGCUGUGGCCAGGUUGUAAAGUUCUGGCGUCUGUAAAAGGAAGGCGAAGGUCAUGCUGGGGGUCCAUGAGGGGGUCACGACUGAAGCUCUCUUGCCCCUUCUGGUUUGUGCUCUUAUUCGGGGCUGGAGGUUUGAUACUCUUCAUCCACCUACAGGACCUGUCUGACAUGGUGCAGCAGCAGGGACCAGGAGUCAAUUUCAACAGCUUGACAUGGCAGAUGAGAGAGGACCUCUGUGCCCAGCAAGACAGCAACAUGACAGGCAGCAUGGCUACAGUUCCUUUGGGAAAACAACACAGACUUGAUGAACCAAGUGCUGAUAUCUCAUCAACACAGUUCCUGGCUUUCAACUGGAACAAACCAAAUCAAGCUUCUCAUCGUGUUACAAAACGCCACCGGAAACUUCUCAAGACCAGCGCAGCAAUGUGGUCACUACACAACUCCUCAUCAUCAUCAAAGUCUACACCCAAGAGCUGGCAGAACUUCUACAGUACACAGAAAACUCGUCAUCGCCUGAUCAAGGAAGUUUGUGCCAAAUACCAGAGCAACAUCUCGCAAACAAUAACACCACACCAUGUGUCUCGCAUCUAUGUCGAGGACAGGCACAAGUUGCUUUACUGUGAAGUGCCCAAAGCAGGCUGCUCCAAUUGGAAACGAGUGCUGAUGGUGCUUGCUGGUGUUGCAUCCUCCACACAAAAGAUAAACCAUGACACUGUCCACUACAGCAACCACCUAACGCGACUAGACAGCUUUGAUCAGCAUGCGGUUUCUGAGCGCCUUCGGUCCUACACCAAGGUGCUUUUCGUUCGGGAGCCAAUGGAGCGUCUGGUCUCAGCAUUCAGGGACAAAUUCGAGAGCCCAAACUCAUACUACCAUCCUGUGUUUGGCAAGCCCAUAAUCUCCAAGUACAGGGUAAAUGCAUCCAAAUCAGCACUCAGGACAGGAAGUGGUGUCACUUUUCAGGAGUUUAUCCGCUACCUGUUGGAUGUACAUCGUCCAAUUGGCAUGGACAUCCACUGGGAGCCAGUAAGUCAGCUCUGCAGUCCAUGCCUGCUUGAUUAUGAUUUCAUAGGCAAAUUCGAGACCAUUGAGGAUGAAGCCAACUUCCUCUUGCAUAGGGUGGGUGCUCCAAAAAACCUCACAUUCCCCACUUUCAAGGACAGAAACCCAGAAGCUGCAAGGACUUCCACACACAUCACGCAGCGUUACUUCACACAGCUCAGUGCCUCAGACAGGCAGAGGGUGUAUGACUUCUACUAUAUGGACUAUCUAACGUUCAAUUAUUCCAAACCUUUUCAAGAUGUGUACUGA